AUGCCUAAAGCCAGUCAAACCCCCUCUAAAGCCAAAUCUUCAACCAAGGCUGAGGCAAAACCCAAAAACAUGAAGCCCAAAUCAAAGAAACGUGCAAGUCAUCAAGGGCACCCACACCCACACCUGCCCACACCCACACCUGCUCCUUCUCCUUCGAUAUCCUCCACUAUACCUACAUCAUCAUCCCCUGUUCCUGCUGGGGAAUCAGUUCCAGUCAUUACUGAUCAGGUACAACAUCCUCCUUCUAAAUUAGAUAUUUUGGUGUCUGUUGUAGAUGUUGCACCUCUAGAUACUCUCCCACCCACGGUGAGAAGCCAUAAAAGGAGAAAUUCACUUUGGACUGAGGAUGAGAAAGAUGAUGGGAGUGAAAAAGAAGAAGAAGUUGUGAACAGUCAUGAGGAGCAUGAUGCUCAAAACAUCGCAAUUGAAGAAGAAAAGAAAGAAAAAAAUCAUGGUGAAGAAGAGGAUGACUUUGAAAGUGAGGGCGAGGAUCAAGAAAAGGUAAGUGAGAGUGAAGGAGGUUAUGAAGAGAGUGAGAAAGAAGAUGGGAAUGUGAGUGAGGAAUCUGAAGGUUCCAUGACCAUUGGGAACAGUGUCAUAGCCCCUUCAGAAGAAACUGGUGAAGAGACAAGGGCCCAAGAACUUGGAUCUCUACUAACUACUUUCACGGUAGAUGAAGAAGUUAGCAGUGAUAAAGAUGAUAUACCACUAUCUGAAGUAGGGAAGAAACCCAUAAAGACCCCUAUGAAAGCUACAAAGUUAGCAGUCCCAACAAGGAAAGAAGUGGCUCCUCUUGCCAGAACUCAUCUUACAAGAAGUAAAAGAAAGGUUGUUGAUGCACAAAUCAUUAAGGAGUCUAGAAGUGCAAAGAAGCCAAAGAAGAAGAGAAAGGGUACUAAAGUUACAAAACCUGCUACCCCUUAUGCAAGGGACAAUAAGGGUAAGACAAGAAAGAAUGUGCCAGCUGCAGUUGAUCGAAUCACAGAGUUCAGGAACGGAAAAGUGCUAAAUGGGAAGAUUCUUGUAAACACUGAUGAGAAGGGAAUUGCUCAAUUGGUUGAAAAGUUUGAGCUACAGGGGUGGAAGCACAUGUUUGUCAAAGCUUUCCCCCACUUUCUUAGAGCUAAAGUUUUAACUGAUUUUUUUGAUAAUGUUCUGACGUUAUUUUUCCUAUCUUUUACUUUUUUUGAACAGAUGGCAUCUAAGAAAUCUAAAUCACCUACAAAUCCUAAAGCACCUAACUUCCAGUUGUGUCCAUUUUCGCUGGGUAUUACAGAAGGGACUGGUUCAGAAGGUAAUUUUGCUGCUGAUGUUGUUGGUGAAGAGAGACAAGAACAUCGUGAACAGCAGGGAGUUGAUCAAGUAUUAUCCACCAUGGCUGUGGAUUUUUCUCCUGCUGCUGAACCGCAGCAGUUACUUGUGACGGAACAGCAAGAAGAGCAAGCAAAAGGAUAA